AACACAAAUUCGCUUGCUCUGUGUUAUCGCCGCAGCUAGCUAACUGGCUAAUUAGCGGUGCUCGUUUUUAAUAAAUUUGACGGAUUUUGGUUCGUUUGAAGCCGUGAAAACGAUACGUUUGGCACCAUGAUGACGAUAAAAGACGGGGAGCACACGGCUACAAUCUAUAAACUGAUUAAGGACAGCCAGUAUGUUGAGGCCAUUCACAUCCUCAAUAGCCAACUUCAAAAGCACACCAGGUCCCGUGCUGCGCUGUCCUUGCUGGGCUUCUGCUACUAUCACGUACAGGACUUCAGUAGUGCGGCUGAGUGCUAUGAGCAGCUGACGCAGCUACACCCUGAGGUGGAGGACUACCGGGUCUACUAUGCCCAGAGUCUGUACAAGGCGGGCUCCUACCCAGAGGCUUACAAGGCUUCCUUCGCCCUGGACACGCCCAAUAGCCACACCAAGAUGAUCAAACUUCAAGCCUCUAUUAAAUAUUUUGAGGAAAAUUACUCUGCUGCAAAGUCUUUGGUGGAGCAGCUUCCCCCUGAAGAUUCUGAUUACGUGUACAACAUGGGCUGCCUGCUGUACCAGGACGGCAAAUACGAGGACGCAUGCAAAAAAUUCUCCUCGGCCAUGCAGGUGCUUGGAUAUGUGCCUGCGUUGUCGUACAACAUGGCACUUUGCUACUACAGGCUCAGCAACUACGCACAGGCCCUCAAAUACAUUGGCGAGAUCAUUGAGCGAGGCAUCCGGGAGCAUCCAGAGCUGAGCGUGGGCCUAACGACUGAGGGCAUCGAUGUCCGCAGUGUGGGAAACACGUUGGUGCUGCAUCAGACGGCAUUGGUGGAGGCCUUCAACCUCAAGGCUGCCAUCGAGUACCAGCUCAAGAACCUGAAAGGAGCUCAGGAGGCUUUGACGGACAUGCCGCCCAGAACCGAGGAGGAGUUGGACACAGUAACCCUGCACAACCAGGCUCUGCUCAACAUGGACAGCAAGCCGUCGCAAGGCUUUGAAAAGUUGGCCUUCCUGCUGCAGCAACCGGCCUUCCCGCCCGUCACUUUUGGGAACUUGCUGCUGCUUUACUGCAAACAUGAGUAUUUUGAUCUGGCAGCUGACGUCCUGGCGGAAAACGCACACCUCACCUACAAAUUGCUCUCCCCUUAUGAGUACGAGUUUCUCGACGCCUUGCUGACCUGCCAGACGGCGCCAGAGGAGGCAUUCAGAAAAUUUGACGACAUGAUUGGCAAAAUGACGGAGAAGCUGCGCAAACUGGCCAAGCAGUUGCAGGAAGCUAAGACAGCUCUAGACGACGACGGGCAGAAGAAAGCCCUCCAGGAAUACGACACCAUGCAGGAGAAGUACAUUGUGGUCCUGAUGGCCCAGGCAAAGAUCUACUGGAACCGUGAGAAUUUUGCCAUGGUGGAGAAGAUCUUCCACAAGUCCAUGGAAGUGUGCAACGAGGACGACACGUGGAAGCUGAACGUAGCCCACGUGCUCUUCAUGCAGAACAAGUACAAAGAGGCCAUCAGCUUCUACGAGCCCAUCGUCAAGAAGCACUACACCAACAUUUUGAACGUCAGCGCUGUGGUCCUGGCAAACCUGUGCGUGUCUUACAUCAUGAUCAGCCAGAAUGAAGAGGCUGAGGAGCUGAUGCGAAAGAUCGAAAAGGAGGAGGAGCAGAUCUCCUACGAUGACCCUGACAAGAAACUAUUCCACUUGUGCAUCGUCAACCUAGUCAUUGGCACUUUGUACUGCGCCAGGUGCAACUACGAUUUUGGCAUUUCUCGCGUCAUUAAGAGCUUGGAGCCUUACAACAAGAAGUUGGGAACGGACACGUGGUUCUACGCCAAGCGCUGUUUCCUGUCCCUGCUGGAGAAUAUGUCCAAGCACAUCAUCACGCUCAAGGGCGUGGUAGUCCAGGAGUGCAUUCAGUUCUUAGAGAACUGUGAAGAGUACGGACGGGAGGUUCCUGCCAUCAUUGAGCAGCCGCUAGAGGAGUCUCGGGUCCAAAUGGGCAAGAACACUGUCACCUAUGAAGCACGACUUCUCAAAGCACUAUUCUACAAAGUCACUAGCUGGAAUGUGUGACGACCACACACUUUUAUUUUGUAGCCAUUUUUUUCUUCUCAUACUUAAUGCUUACACUACACAUGACGCUCAAAAUAUAAGACAAACACUGUUGUUAAAUACAGUGUAUCACAAAAGUGAGUACACCCCUCGCAUUUCUGCAGAUAUUUAAGUUUAUCUUUUCAUGGGACAACACUGACAAAAUGAAACUUUGACACAAUGAAAAGAAGUCUAUGUGCAGCUUAUAUAAUAGAGUUAAUUUAUUUUCCCCUCAAAAUGACUCAAAAUAUAGCCGUUAAUAUCUAAACACCUGGCAACAAAAGUGAGUACACCCCUAUGAAAAAAUGCACAUCCCUAAAUGUCCAAAUUCAGUACUGCUUGUCAUUUUCCCUCCAAAAUGUCAUGUGACUCGUUACAGGCGUGCUGUCAGCAUUGCUGCAGAGAUUGAAAAGGUGGGGGGGUCAGCCUAUUCGUGCUCAGACCAUAAGCC